AUUGUAUACCUUCAGCACACCAACACCAGCGAAUAAGUUGAAACAGCAACAAGUAGAUCACGUGACAUUGACACACUUAAAAUGGUGUAUAAAGUGAGCAAAGGCGGAGUCAGGUCAGGAAACACCCUGCGAGGACUUCGUUCACUCCAGGCUAAAAGAUAUGCCCGCCAGGCUUGUAUUGUUGGUCGCUCCAGUCUGGCUACACAAGAUAUAGAGCUGCUUGUCAGCAACACCACAGACGACAGUUACAUUUCCGAGGCUCUGACGUCAACGGAUGUCAUUCUGUCUUUGAACAAAAAACAAAGAUGGCGUCUUCCAGCGACGGUUAGUCACAUGAUCAAAGCCGGUUACUUCGACAAGGACAACGCCAUGGUGUCCAUCUUGGAGCGACACAAAUUAAAGAGGAGGGCAAACUGCGUCAGCUUCGUCUGCAAUCGUGGACUUUACGGACAUGUCAUUCCCACCCAGAAGAGAUACUUCAGUUUCAACAUGGACAAAUUAGCAGACGAGAAGUCAAGCCGAAAGAUAAAACGCGCUAAAGCGGAAAUUUUAAGAAAGUCUAAAGUUACAAAAGCAAAUGGUCCGGCAUUAAACGCUCAAAAUGUCAACGUCUUCACCAUUUCUGGAGCAAAUGAACACGGCCCACUGUCCAGCUCCAAGCCAGAGUACAGACUGGAAGUCUUUUACCCUUGUCCACGUAGCUGCUCAUUGUCCUUCAACCCAAAGUACACAGACGUCAAGCUGGAGAUGAACGAAGCUGGGAAGCUGGAGAUGAGAUCUAAUGUCAGAACAUCAAAAAAGGCACACAGACAUAGACAUAAGUUGUCAAUAAAGGACCUGGCCAAAUAUGACGAGGAAAUAAUUCAAGACGAUGUGGACAUCAUGUGGGAGGAAGACAUCAAUGAUGACAGCAAGGAUGUUCAAGAAGACACAAUCUUCAGCACUAGUGACAAAGACAGCGAUUCGGAAGUCGAAAAUGAUUGCGACCAAAAUGAAGGACAAGAAAACACUGCUACUAUUUUGUCUUGCUUGAUUGCUCAAGCGGAAAGAGCCCGAUCAUUCUGUAGCACAGACAAGUCUGCAAAAAGAACAAAAAAAUCUUCAAAGCCAAAUCCAAAAAUAGAUGUUGAAAACAAAUCUCACAUUUUCUAUACUGACGAGUUCAAACCAAUGCAGCUCAGUAAACAAAUCAAGACGAAAGUAGAACAUUACAAAAAAGAAAAAGAAGUUGUUUUACGUUAUGGAAAAGUCAUUUUGUGUGACUCUGAAAUCUCUCCAGAAAAACUGAAAGAAAGAUUUGGUCAGAACUUUUCUGAAGCUGAUUGCGAGCCAAGACGUUUCACUAUCAACAUCACAGACGACAUUGUCAACACUCUGAGCACGUCACGAAGCGUCAAGUUGGGCUCAGGUCUGACGUCAUUCUUGGUUCUCAUCCAGGAUGGAUUUUACGAUGUGGGACAAAGCAGCUACAAAGUUCAAUUCAACUCUUUGAUUUGUUCAGAUACCAAGCGAAUCACAGACUCACUUCCGUUUCAGAAGAUGACCCUGGAAGAAAUCACUAGUUCAAUCAUCUCCACUUUGUUGGACAUGAAGCAAGAAGGAUUAGUGAAGUUAGGAAAUGUCUUACAAAGUCAUGAGACUGUACCCAGAAAUUAUUUGACAGACAAAUUGAACAUGAACAUUGAAGCUUUCUUCACUUCAGAACAAAUCAGUAAAAUUGUAAUUGAAGAGAAAGUGGAUAGUUCAGAAGAGCUGUACAAACUUUCAGAAGAUUGGGAGAAGGUUUUGUUUUGUGAAAUAUGUUAUGCUGACGUCACAUCCUCUCAUUACGAGUCAUCACCUGGCACGAAGUUAAAUAAAUGUGGUCACGUGUUCUGUGACAGCUGCUGGAGAACUCAUUUCAACACAAAGAUGAAAACUGGAGCUUUCAAAUUGACUUGCCCUGGAUAUGACUGCAAUGUCCCUGUAGGCCCCGCUACUCUCUUGUCUUUAGUUCAUGUGAAUGAUUUAAACCUCUACCUUCAGCGUCAGUGUGAGGCUGAGAUUGAAACAUCCCUGGACACUAAGUGGUGUCCUAACCCUUCAUGUGGCCGAGCUAUACGUGUCACAUCUGGGAAGAAGGUCAUAGGCUGUACAUUUGACAUAACAUGUGUUUGCGGCCAGUCUGUUUGUUUCGCAUGUCUUGGUAAACCCCAUUGGCCUGCCAAUUGUGUCCAGGCAGAAGAAUAUUCACAAGCUCUCCCCUCUCUAAAACCUUACCAAGAGACGGAUGACGUCAUUGAUCUACCGAGCAUUCCUUCCAAACCUUCCACAUAUGCAGUGAUUGAAAUUGAAGGGCGCCUUUGUCCCUCGUGUCACAGGUUUAUGGAGAAGAAUGGCGGUUGUCCACACAUGAAUUGCAGAUGCGGACUUCAGUUUUGCUGGACAUGCAUGAAGCCUAUAUCUGCUCAUGGCAAUAUUCCUUGCAUAGAAAAUGUCAAAUUAAUCAAAUCACUAACUCGCCAUGUCAAAGUUCGACAUGUGGACAUAGAAAGCUCAAAAUGCACCAAUCAUAGUCCCGCAAAAGUUACUAGACAAUCCAAACCAAGGGGGCACAAGGCCAGUUUGUACCAGAAAGCUCUUCAGCAGAGACAUGAAUCAACAAAAAGUUCCACCAGAGACCAAGUCAAAUCUCUUUUCAAACGUAUCCAACAUGUUGCAUUCAGUGACGAGACUUUCCAAGAGGAGAUUGCAAUGGCUUGUAAGAUUGAUCAAUCAAGUCUUCUAGAGUCCGAGCAGACGUCAUUGUUUCCUCACGUGACCAGAUUCCUGAACUCUUGUGUCCAGAUGAAACAGUCGUUACAUCACGUGGCUGAGUAUACUUUUGUUCUACUUCAAUCUGUCCCACAAAGUCUGGAGAGACAGAGGGCGCUGAAACUGGCCAAUGACCUCAGCGGAUACUGCAGUUUUAUUUCCUCAGUGUUUGAAGCCGGAACUAGUCAGGACCCAAGAGUGGCAUUUAGGAGACUAGUGGACAUAAGAACCUGGUCAGGUAGAGCUCUGGACGCUCUGUUGGUCACAGUGGACGCAUUCCGUUCAUAAUUACUUAAUGUUCCUCUUUUCACCCACUCUAUCUUUAUCACAUUCUUCUUUCUGCAGCUCUUUCUUUUCCCACUCUCCUCAUUUUUGUUUACCUCACUCUUUUUCUUUCUCUCCCACUUGAUUGUCCACUAUUUCCCUAUUCACAAACAUAUCGACCACAUUUAAGCUAAUUGUUUCAGUACUAAGUAACCCUCAAUGUACUACAAUUAAUCAGUACACAGUGUAUAUUAUACAAUUAAUCAGUACACGGUGUAUAUUAUACAAUUAAUCUCUUACAGGUUUUGAAAAGUUGAUUUAUUUUGUUUCUCAUUCUUUUUUUUUUUUUAGUAGUUUUAAAACUAGGUUCUAUUUUUCAUUGUUGGACGUAGCCUUUCAUAUGUCACUAAUUUUAUAUCUACUAUAUCAUUAGAUUUCCCAAAGAUUGUUAGCAGAAUUUGGUGUAAAAAAACGUGAACCACAAUUCAAACCACAUAUCAGAAAGUACAAAUGUACAAAUAUAUAAAUAGCUAACUAUUGUUUGAUAAAAACUACCAAAACCUGGUGUAAAAAUAUAUUAAUGUAUAUUUUCUAAUUGAUCAUAGUGUUAUUAUAUUCUAAAUUGUUGAUUGUAAACAUCAACAAAUGUAUUAUGUCUACUUGUAUUGAGCCUGUAUACUAUGUACAUAUAUUUGACAUGAUAUUCGACUAGGUUGUUUUAUACAUGUGACAUUACUAUGUUCAAAUAAAUAAAAUAAAUAUGAAGUC